AUCCCUUGUCUCUCUCCCUCUCUCGUUUUUAUCGUUUUUCCUUUGAUGUGAAUGCCCCCAACCUUGUUCUUUCACUUUCAAUCACAUCCAAUCCAAUCAAAAAGAAAAAAACAAGCCAUCUUGGGUUUUUUCAGAUUUUCUCGAAUUCCAGUCUCUCUCUAUUGAAGAGCUGUUGAAGAAACAUCCAAACUUUUUUCAUUUUUUAAAAGGUCUUUUCAGCCAUUUUCCUUUGUUCAAACUUCUCAGUUUUGAAUUUCUGAGAAUUUUAAAUUUUGGGUUUUGUUCUUCUUGUCGGAUUUGAUCAGAAGACGGCAGUUUCUGCAUCCAAGAGAGAAAAAUUCCAGAAUAUGGCGGUUUCCGCUUUCCGGUCAACGUCAAAGAGAGGGAACGUGGGAACUUCUUCGAAUACCAUCUCUUCUGCAAAAGAAAACAAUACGGAGGAUUUGGGGAAGAGAAUCUCCCAUCGAAGAUCGAGAAGUGUCAGUGCUGUGUCUAGAAGUUACUUAGGAAAAUCGCCGUCUUCAAAUGUAAUUGAUUUUUCAAAAAGGGACAAUCCACUGUUCUGUAACUCUAGCCCAUCGCCUCCCGAUGAAUUGGAAUCAGAAAGUGUUAUUGGAAUAUCAAAAUUUUCCGAAAAGAGCGUAAAAUCUGGUGAAACGGCUACAAAAUCAGUGGGCAGUGGUGUUUCUGAUGGCAGGAGAGGGCGGUCGGUUUCACGAAGUUCUGAUGCUAAGAACCAGUUUUUGGGUCCUAGAAAAGAAUAUGGCCGAAGUCUGUCAAGGAUUGAUACGGGUAGACAGCGCCGAUCUGUCUCGAGGGGGCAUUGUGGGAAUUCUGAGAAUGAAAUGGAAAAUGAUUAUGGUUUGAGGAAUAAAAACAUUGGAAAUUUCACGGCAAAUGAGCGAAAGAAUCAUAAUGUAACUACAAAUGCUUCUGAUUUAGCCAACCAAACAAGGAGUUCGCAAACUUGGUCCAGUCGGCACCCGCUGUCUUCAGAUGGUUCAUCUUCGUGCAUGCAAGCUCUGAAUUGGGAAGAUGGGAUUUCUACUAGUUCUUACUCAGAAACAGAAGAGAAAACUGCAGUUUUUGAGCAGAUGAAGAGUGAUCUUCCGGCUGGUGAUGCUGCUACUGGUGGAAUAUAUGAAACUGUUCGGUCUGAAGUAAGGCGUGCUGUUUCAGAGAUCCGAAAUGAUCUUGAAACUGCUGUCCGAAGGAAGAAUCCAGCUAUCAUCACGACCACCAAUAUCGCAGAUAUCCCUCCUGAAUUGGUGAAUCCAGAUGCUAUCGAGUUAGUUUCUGAUAUCAGACGGGAGUAUGCCACAAAGCUUGAAGAGUCCCAGGAGCGUGCUAGAAAACUCCGAGCAGACCUAGCUACUGAAGAGCAGCGUGGGCAAGAACUCAGUAGAAUUCUGAAGGAGAUACUUCCGGAUCCGAAAACGUCAGAAACACAAAAAUCACGACCGAGGAGAAAGACUAGCAUAGAACGGAGGAAGAUGUCCAAUCGUUUGACAGAAGAGGCAAUGACUUAUUUUGAUGAGUGUGUAUCGAUAUCAACUUUCGACAGUUCUGAUUUCUCAGCGCCAGAGGACCCACCAUUUGGUUCAGUUGCUGCAACUCCAAUGGCUGGAAAUAGGAUUUUCCCAUGCAGAAGUUCAAGCGCCUCAGCUACCCAGGUCUAUGAUGAUCAUCUUAGCCAUCCCAAGGAAUUUGACAAUCAAUCACAAUGCUCCCAUGGCUAUGGAGGUUUUGAUCCAACAGCCAGCAGCAGUAGUAAUGACAGCAUCAAACCGAUUCAUGCAAAUGCUAACCUAGCCAAUCCUGCAGGUUCCAAUGCGGGUUUUGGUGGGAAUCUUCAGUUCCCAUUUUUGUCCACAGAAACAGAGGGAAUUCACGACAUACAGAAUUACAUUAAGAAGUUCGAAAAGGAUUUCCAGAAGGAAGGCAGGGAACAUCGGAGUGCUAGGUCGAGCUACAAUGCGGACGACUAUGAUUCGAGUCAGUCGACUGAGAAAUUGCUAUUUGACCAGGUGAUCUUUAGGAACAGAAUAAGGUAUGGGGGUCUGCUUCUAUGUGAUGUUCGGAUUUGUUGAUACUCCUUUGGGCCUGUUUGGAUGCACCCCGAAAUGAGAAUGAGGAAUAUUGCCCCACUUGUGUGCAGUUUCUAAGGGGUGUGCUCCAGUGCUACCAGUAAAACCAAAAAGCUUACUGCAGUAUUGGGUAGAUGUGGGGCCAGUGAUGUGUUCAUGGAAUCCAACCCAUUCUUAAGAUGCCUAAUCUUAGAAACACUCAGAUCCCAAAAUCAGCCCGAUCCAAAACUCAGAUGGGCCAUGGCACAGGGAAUAUUUUGAGAGGGAAUGCUCACCAUGUUGUUUAUAUGUAGUCAAGGCCAUUCAGCAUUGGGGUGGCUGUAUAAUCAAGGCUAUUCAGAACAAAAUUCAGGAUGUUUUACAACUCAGGUGGGUCCCUGUGAAAUUCAAGGGUGGUUGUUCCCUCCCAUCUCAUUCCCUUUUUUGUGGCCUGAUUAGUUUUGGUAGGGCUGAGUUUUGGGUUCUAGGGGUUUUAGGUGACCUACCUGAUAGACAGGUUGGAUGCUGUGAAUACAUUACAUGGGCCCCACGCCCAACUGGUACCACCAUAAGCUUGCGGUGGUACCGGUAUUACUGGAGCGCGCCCCAGUUUCUAAAUGUCCCCUUUCUCAUACCACCUUGAUGUGGGUGAUAAUGGGCCACCCCAUAUCAUUGCAUUUCCAUCUGAAGCGGGGGACAUGUGGGGUCCACCUGGUAGUUGGUGGAUGUUUCGAAUAGGCCCUUGUGCUUGUAUGUGACUGCUUUAGGACGACUUCAUCCUUAUGCAGGAGAUCUUAUUUACAAAGUUGCAGUUUUUGUA